AUGGCUGGAUGGCUCGCACGUGGCGCGUGGCACGUGGAGCAGGAGGACGAGGUGCUGCUGCAGCACGUGUGCGUGCACGGCACACGCAACUGGAGCAAGCUGCGCGCCUCGGGGCUGCUGCCGCCACACCGGGACAACAAGGCGUGCUGCAACCGCUUCAUCCUCCUUAAAAGGCGGUUUCUAGAGACACAAGGCGUGGGCGUGAGCACCACCAUCAGCAGCAGCGGUGCGGCCAGCCUUGCAGCCACAGCUGAGGCGUGGGGCUCCUCUUCCUUAGCUGCCACUCCCCACUCUCCCCCACCUCCUCCCCUUCUCCCUCCACCCCCUUCUCCUCCGCCUCCUGCUUUGGCGGCUGCUGCAGCGGCAGCACCACCAGUGCACGUGGCAGCGUGGGUGGGAUGGGAGCUGGCAGCAGCGCUACUCAAUGAUGACAACGAAAACGAUGCCGUUGGCCCUGCCACUGACGCUGCUGCCCUUCAAGACAGCCCACCAGUGGUGGGUGCGGGCGAGUUAGAGUGGAGUGCGGGCGAGUUAGAGUGGAGUGCGGGCGACGCAGCAUCAGCCUUGACAGAUCCGUUCAGCCUCUCGUGGGAUGCCACAGAUGCACCCCCCUCCACUGCCCUCACCACACACUCCCUCGCCUCCGAAUCACCCCCGCUCCCUCUCUCCUUCCACCCCUCCUCGUCACCAGGCUCCUUCCUCACCCGCCCAUCCUCUAUCCCCGCCCAUGUCCACAGCCUCGUCACCAAACCUCCCAGCCUCGUCACCGGCCCUCACAGUGUCGUAACCGACCCUCACGUCGUCACCGACCCUCGAGCUCUCACCGAUCCUCAAGUCGUCACCGAUCCUCAAGUCGUCACCGAUCCUCAAGUCGUCACCGAUCCUCAAGUCGUCACCGAUCCUCAAGUCGUCACCGAUCCUCAAGUCGUCACCGAUCCUCAAGUCGUCACCGAUCCUCAAGUCGUCACCGUUCCUCAAGUCGUCACCAACCCUCAAGUCGUCACCGAUCCUCACGGUCUCAUCACUGAACCUCACUGUCUCACCACCAAACCUCACGGUCUCAUCACCGAACCUCACGGUCUCAUCACCGAACCUCAUGGUCUCAUCACCGAUCCCCAUUGCAUGCUGCCACUCCCCCUGUUUCAUCGCGCCCUCCCCUGCGCCCCUGCAUCCUGCUCCUCCCGUGGGCUGCCAUCUCCCUUCACCCCGCUGGCUGCUGCUCCCCUCCAAGACGUCACCAACUCGCCCUUCUGCUGCCCACCCUGCCUGCCUCCUGCAAUGCUCUCUGCCAACCCCUCCGCCUGCCUGCCCAUCGCCGCCUCCUCACACCCCUCCUCCUCCCCCGCCUCGCUCCCUCGCCCGCCACACGCCACUCGCCCCGCGUCCGCGCCUGGCCUUCGGCGCGCACCGCAACGCUCCUACUCGCACUCACACGCGCUGCCCGCCCUGCCCUCCCCGCCCUCCCUCCUCAAGUCCGUCAGCUCCAGCGCCCUGCCGCUGCCCGUGUGCUCCCCUGCCCCGCCCCCGGCCCUGGCGGCCACUGCCACAGCCCUGCUCAUGCCACCUGCAUCGCCCCAGCACCAGCGGCUUUGGCCCUCACAGCGACCCCACAUGGCGGCGUCACGACAGGCGACUAUAAAUGGAUGGCAGGCGGCCACUCCCACUGCCCCCCCCUCCACCACCCACGUGCGCUCCCCUGCUGCGCCCGCCACUCCUCUCUCCCGCCCGCACGGCAGCGCAGCAGCAGCGGGAGGGAGACGGGGGGCGCGGAGGCGGGUGUGGGCGGGGAAGCAGGGGGGGGCGAUGGGCGAGGGGCAGCAGAGGGCGGCGUUCAUCGACAGCAUGGCGCGCUACCUGGGGCUGCCCUCCCCACCUGCCCUCACCCCUGCUGCUGCCUGCACUGCGCCCCCCACCGCCAGUGCUGCUGCUGCUGCGGGUGCUGGUGGUGCUAGUGGUGGAGGUGGUGGGGGGUAUGUGGUGGAAGCAGUAGGGAGGUAA